AUGGGCUGUGUUGGAUCAAAGAAGGAUCGGGAGCAUCUUCGGAAAGGGAGCAGUGAGGUGCAGAACAGUGCACAGACUGCCCACUAUGUCAAAGAUCCCACAGCAGGAAAUUAUAAAGCUAACAAGGUCCCAUCCAUUGCAAACAUGACAGAUGGAGACAACAUUGCUAUAGCAUUGUAUGAUUAUGAUGCAAUUCAUGAUGGCGACCUUGGCUUCAAGAAGGGAGACAAACUUAAAAUUUUGGAGGAAUCAGGAGAAUGGUGGCGAGCAAUGUCAAUUAGUUCAGGUCAAGAAGGCUUCAUCCCGAGCAAUUAUGUUGCUAAGGAUACGCUCGAAGCAGAGGAGUGGUUUUUCAAGGGUGUGAGCAGGAGAGAUGCCGAGAGGCAGCUGCUGGCCCCAGGGAACAAAGUUGGAUCGUUUAUGAUCCGAGACAGUGAGACCAACAAGGGAAGUUUCUCUCUAUCCGUCAGGGACAGUGAUGGCCCAUCUGGUGACACUGUUAAACAUUACAAGAUCCGUAUGCUGGACAAUGGAGGAUUCUAUAUUUCUCCUCGGAUCACAUUCAGCACCCUGCAGGACAUGGUCAAGCAUUACAAGAAGCAGGGGGAUGGCCUUUGCCAAACUCUCACCAACCCUUGCCUGAGUCCUAAACCAGAGAAGCCCUGGGAGAAAGAUGCCUGGGAAAUCCCAAGGUCGUCACUUAAACUGGAGAAGAGACUUGGUGCUGGCCAGUUUGGAGAAGUUUGGAUGGCUACAUACAACAAACAUACCAAGGUAGCAGUGAAGACCAUGAAACCAGGAAGCAUGUCGGUUGAAGCCUUCAUGGCUGAAGCCAACCUGAUGAAGACUUUGCAACACGACAAACUGGUCCGACUCAAUGCUGUGGUCACCAAGGAGGAGCCCAUUUAUAUUAUCACCGAAUUAAUGGAAAAAGGUAGUUUAUUAGACUUCCUCAAGAGUGAUGAAGGCAGUCACAUCCUACUUCCGAAACUCAUUGACUUCUCUGCUCAGAUUGCAGAGGGCAUGGCUUACAUUGAGGAGAGAAACUACAUCCACCGAGACUUGCGGGCCGCCAACAUCCUCGUCAAUAAGGCUUUAGUGUGCAAAAUUGCAGACUUUGGCCUCGCCCGCAUCAUUGAAGACAAUGAAUACACAGCAAGGGAAGGAGCACGCUUUCCCAUCAAGUGGACAGCCCCUGAAGCCAUCAACUACGGCAGUUUCACUAUUAAGUCAGACGUCUGGUCUUUUGGUAUUUUGCUUACUGAGAUCAUUAGUUAUGGACGCACACCUUACCCAGGCAUGACAAACCCCGAAGUGAUUCGUUCCCUGGAGAAGGGCUACCGAAUGCAGCGUCAGAACAGUUGUCCCAAGGAACUCUAUGACAUCAUGCUGGAAUGUUGGAAGAACAAACCAGAUGACCGUCCAACCUUUGAUUAUCUGCAGAGUGUCUUGGAGGAUUUCUAUACAGCCACAGAAAGCCAGUACCAGCAGCAACCAUGA